AUGUCAAAAUACACCUCUUUAAAACCUCAACCGCCCGUUCCUGAGCCUUUUGAUGAUGACGAUGUGUUCAUCCAGCCGGAUAGUGGCGCAUCAGAAGUGCAUGAAGCAGAUUUAGGCUCUCCGGCAAACCCAGAACCAACGACUGCACCGUCAACAGCAAAUACAACAUUCACGAGUUCAAAGUCCAAGAAAACCUAUUCUGGUGGAAUAUUCACCCUCAAUUAUUACCGGCAAUUCUUUGAUCUUGAGUCAGGAGAUUUCUUCCGCAAUUGCUACAAAAGCUUGAACCCUUUAGUGAGACUUCCCGAGGAGGAGUUUAGGGAAGUUGGGGACCUCUACGGAUCAGUUUGGAUCACGGCAACCUUGGUUUAUCUUUUAUUCUUUUGCAACUCAUUUGCUGAACUGAUAAGCGAAUGGUUUUUACAAAAUGACAAACUAGGCAUCAACUAUUUUAAAAUGAUCAUCACUUCCAUCAACUUGCUAUAUGGAUACAUUGCAAUAAUCCCAACGCUCCUGUAUUUGGCUUUACGCUUCUAUUUCAAAGUCGUCCUGCUAAUUCCCUUGACCAAGCUCAUCUCGAUAUACUCGUACUCUAAUAUCAUGUGGAUCCCAGCUGCGCUUUUAAGUAUAUUCCGUGGAUUACUUAUAAAUCAUCACGUUUUGGAUAGUGUUCUUAAAUGGACAUGUAUUGGGAUAGGGGCCAUUCUCAGUGGAUGGAGCAUCACAGUUAAAAUAUCUCAGUAUUUUGGAACGAUUUUCGGUCAGGAAGACAAAAAGUUCUCGAUGCUGGCGCUUGGACUAUUGAUUUUGGCCCAUGUGGGUUUCUCUCUAGGAGUGAAAAUGUGUUUCUUUGGGGAUUUAUAG